GUAUCCUUCCGCCGAGCGCGAAGAAGAGACGGCGCCAUUUUAAGAGACGUGUUUUUCUCUCUGCCUUGGUUGCGAGUUGUUUUCGGUAGAAUUACCUUGACCUCUACAUCACUUCUGUUAAUUACUCACUUACUAGCGGUGCGUACUCGGCGUGACCCCGAGCUCUCGUUUCUCGGUGAAGUCUUUCCGUCUUUUCCUGUUAGAAGAUGUCUGGCGGCGGUGUGAUCCGAGGUCCUGCAGGAAACAACGACUGUCGGAUUUACGUCGGGAAUUUACCUCCCGAUAUUCGCACCAAGGACGUCGAGGACGUUUUUUACAAAUACGGGGCAAUUCGUGAUAUCGACCUGAAAAAUCGCAGAGGAGGACCCCCUUUCGCCUUUGUUGAGUUCGAGGACCCCAGAGAUGCAGAGGAUGCUGUAUAUGGACGAGAUGGCUAUGACUAUGACGGCUACCGUUUGCGGGUGGAAUUCCCUAGGAGUGGCAGAGGUGGAGUGGGAGGUGGAGUUGGAGCCCCUAGAGGCAGAUAUGGCCCUCCUUCCAGGCGCUCUGAGUACAGGGUCAUAGUUUCAGGACUCCCUCCUAGCGGAAGCUGGCAGGACCUGAAGGAUCACAUGCGUGAAGCAGGUGAUGUAUGUUACGCUGAUGUUUUCCGAGAUGGCACCGGUGUUGUGGAGUUUGUGCGCAAAGAAGACAUGACCUACGCUGUGCGAAAGCUGGAUAACACUAAGUUCCGGUCACACGAGGGUGAGACAGCUUACAUCCGUGUAAGGGUGGAUGGUCCCCGCAGCCCGAGUUACGGGCGCUCGCGCUCUCGCAGCCGCAGCAGGAGUCGCAGCCGGAGCAACAGUCGCAGCCGCAGCUAUUCACCACGCCGCAGCAGAGGAUCCCCACGUUACUCGCCCCGUCACAGCCGUUCUCGAUCCCGCACCUAAGCACCCACAUUACAGCUAGUUCUCCAGCCACAACCAUACACCCUGUGUCGCCCUCUGCUGGACCCAGUGUUGUACUUCAUCGCCUUCUUGACUUGUUUUGUCUUCCCAUGGCCCCAGUUUAUCUUUGGUUUGCAGCUGAACAGAUUUUUUUUCUUUUAUCAUUUAGCUAACAACAGCAAAGUGUAGCUAAGUGGAUGUUCCCUUGUCUUCCUCUUCCUUCCUCCUAAAACCUCUUCCUAGUGUUCUGUCCUGUCUCUUCUUCCAACUUUUCCCUUUUGUGUUUUUGUUCUGCAUCCACAUUUUAACUGGAUUUUCAUACCCAUCAUCUGUACAUAUGUUAGACAAGGGAGACAUUCAAAUGCUUUAGAGUAAUGUUUGAGGAAUUUGCCACUGUAUGUUUGUUAGCAGUGGGCUUAUGGUUGGGAAGAUGGGUUUUUAUUUUGUUGGUUAGGAUUUUUGUUGCAAAAUUGUUCUAUUUUUACCUUUUCAUGUGUCUUUCUAUAGACAACAGAGGAGCAGGAUUAAAGAGUGCUUUGGAAUAAAGGAUUGUCAAGCACAGUUCAUUCAUAUUAGGAUAAAGCGUUUUUGGAGGAGGAGGAGCAGGCAUUUCAAUUUUGGCAAUGGUAUGACAACAAGCGGCUUUAGUCUCCUUCAAAAAAUGUCAGGAUUUGGUUUUCUUUUUUUCUCACCUCAGACCUUCAGUAAUCAAUUUUCUUAGUAAAGUAACACUUUAGUUUUUGCUUUGCCAUUACCCCUCCCUUUACAGUACCCCUUCCCUUUUAUUUUGACCUUUUCUUUCUGGUCGUUGCUGCCAAGCAUGCAUGCGUUCUUUGUCUGAAUAUUGCCAUGCUCAUGCAUACAUCAGGACAACAUUUUGUUUUAUUUUUUAUAACUACUAUUAUUUUUGCUUAUCCAAAAUACAAAAAUUUUUGCUUGUCAUCUGAACUGGACUGGGACUGUGCCACUGUAGAGCAACCAGGCAGAAACAUCUCAAUAGAUACUGAUGGAAGAAGGUUUGCCAUGAGCAAUUGUACCGAUGUAAAUGCUAAUCCACUAAGAGAAUGAUUGCUUUGUUUUGUCGGUUAUUGGCACAAUGUAAUGUUUGUGUGGUGCUUAAGAUUUUGUUGGAGCAUAUCAGUCUGGUACCCAUUAUAUCACUCAUACUUUAGGAAAAAAAAACAAAACAAAACAAAAAAAAUUCAAUACCGCUCCUAUAAUCGUCACUUAAUAGAUGCACUCAGAAGCAUUUGAUUUAGCUGUGAUUCUAACUUGUUGCCUCCCUCUUUUUGAUUUUGCUGGUAUUCUAAGGUUUGGAUUGGAGGAGGGGCUCACUGUUUCCCGAUCCUUGGAGCCGGAUCAUUGGAUCAGUUCAGGAUCAGGAGCAGGAUUAGGAUUAGGAUAAGGAUGGAUACAUACAAGGAGCGGGAUCAAUUUACCGGGAGCGGGAACCAUAGGAGAGGAUCCCAACCCCAGCCCCACAACCUCUCGCCAAACCGCAGUUAAUGGAGUUAACAAAAAGCGGAAAACUUGGCUUUUUAAUUGGCUUUUGUAGAACCAAAAUUAAUUUUUUUUGCCUUUUUUGUGGAGCCAAACCAAAGAUGUGCACACUGAAGGGAUCCUGCAGUUGUUUUUGUUUUAUGAGAUGAUAUUUCGGUAAAGUGGAGCAAAGCCAGGAACCAGGAGGCCGGAUCAGUUGCUUUGGAUGGAAUCCACAUGAGGAGCUUGGUAAAUAGGGGGGGAUUUAGGGUUUUUGAGGGGUGGGCUGGGAGGCUCAAUUUGAGGGGGAUUUUGUAGUUUAUUUAGGGAUUCACAUAUACAAAGUGCUUCUGCAUUUUUAGGUAUUUGCUGUGUUGAGAUUUGGUAGGUUAUAUUCUGAAUGGGCUAUUUCUGGUUCAUAGUUUGUGUUUUUCCCCUCUAUCUUUGAAUAAAGUUAGAAAGUCCAGCA